GGUACUCAAAGAAAACCCAAAAGUCUUCCUCCCCUUGAUCCAGAAGUUCUUUCUGUGUUUGUGCCUCCAUUUAUCAGCAGAGAUGAUAUUCAGGUGACUACAAGUGGUAAUAACUUGAGUAAAAGUAAACGCCGGUCUUUCCGAAAGAAGAAAGAGAGACCAAAGAUUGAAAAUGUCAAGAGUCUCAAUGGGGAGCAGAAGGCACCUGACACUGAAGAUAUUGCAGUUCCAAAGGACGUUGAUCUUAUUGGUUUGCCACAGCUGUGCUUCCCAGGAGGACUUUAUAUAACUUCUGAAUCAAAAGAGGACCACAUUCAUUUCCUGGUCUUCACAGAUGUCUGUGGUAACAGAACAUACGGUGUUGUUGCACAGUACUACCAGCCUAUGCAAGAUGGCUGUAUUUCCUCGAACGGGCAGACCCGUUGGGAAUCUGCGCAGACUGCGAAGAUGCCUGUCUGUUUUGUACCAUUCGCUAUUUGUGUUAUAUCCAGAUACCCAUAUUUUAAUGCCCUGAAGGACUGUCUCUCUUGCUUACUAGUGCAACUGCGGCUUUUCAAGGAUUUAGAUGUUGAGGAGCACAUAAAAGAAUUUGCAGCAAAAUUAUUUUUAAUACCCAGCCCGCCACCAGGACCACUCCACUUGGUAUUUAAUAUGAAACCACUUCAAAUAGUAAUUCCUUCACGAGAGGAUCCGGACAGUCCAAUUGUUGACUUGGAUCUUCAUCUUCCGUUGCUGUGUUUCAAGCCAGAACAGGUGCUGCAGAUUAUGACCUGUAUUUUGACUGAGCAGAGAAUAGUUUUCUUCUCUUCUGAUUGGGCUCUGUUGACGCUCAUUGCUGAAUGCUUUAUGUUGUACCUUCAUCCUCUUCAGUGGCAGCACACUUUUGUGCCUAUUCUGUCUCGUCAAAUGCUGGAUUUUGUAAUGGCCCCAACAUCUUUUCUUAUGGGAUGUCAUAUUGAUCAUUUUGAAGAAGUUAGCAAGGAAACAGAAGACUUAAUUCUAAUUAAUAUAGAUAAUGGAGAUAUUACACAUUCAAAAACAGCUGAAGAGGAACCUGAAAUUCCAGAUGUUCCAGUACAAGCAGCAGAAACUUUUAUAAAAAGAGUGGAGAGUCUUCAGCUGCAUUAUGAUCUAGAGCUCUGCCAUCUCCGAGCCAGCACAGAUCUUAGUGAACUCCAAAUGCAUAGAAGGGCUUGGCAACAGAAACUGAAUACAGAAGUUCAGCAAACAACUUUGCAGUUAAUUGUUAAUAUCUUCAGGGAGGUAAAAGACCAUCUAAACUACGAACAUAGAGUGUUUAACAGUGAAGAAUUUCUGAAAACAAGGGCAAUUGGAGACCAGCCAUUUUACAAAAAGCCUGAGAAACAGGGCAUAGAGUUGAUGAUGCCUGCUUGGCUCCAGGCCGUGCGCCUGUUUCCCACAAUGCGUCACAGCGAACGCACGCUGCUGACUCCGAGAAC